GCCAGUCCUCCCCAGCUGAUGCCAUGAGGGCUUGUUUCCCCCUGAUAGUGGCCAUGCUCUGUGGCUUGGCGUGGGCUGGAAACCUGGAGUCUUGCACAUCUCGCUGCAAUGAGAAAUUUAACCGGGAUGCUGCCUGCCAGUGUGACCGCCGGUGUCCCCAGCACAGUGACUGCUGUGAUGACUAUGAGCAUGUGUGCACUGGUGACAAAGGCCCCACAGAGUCAGAGGCAUUCCUGGAGCCAGAGGAUGAGGCCCCAGCCAGCAACCUGUACUCCGCACCCAACUCCUGCCAGGGCCGCUGCCGGGAAGCCUACGACAGGCACCACCCCUGCCAUUGCAAUGUCCGCUGCCAAGAAUUUGGGAACUGCUGCGAGGAUUUUGGGAGCCUGUGUGGUAACCACGAGGGCUUCUCCCACAGCAGCGAUGCCAUAACUAGAGAGGAGCUUCAGACCAUCUCCGAGAAGAUCUACAGGGCCGACACCAACAAGGCCCAGAAGGAAGACAUCAUCCUCAAUAGCCAAAACCGUAUCUCCCCAGGAGAGACUGGAGACCAAGUGGAUCGCUGCCCGGAGCCGCUCUUCACCUAUGUCAACGAGCAGCUGUUCUCUAAGCCAACCUAUGCGGCCUUCAUCAACCUACUCAACAAUUACCAGAGGGCCAUAGGCCAUGGGGAGCACUUCAGCGCUCAGCAGUUGGCUGAGCAGGGUGUCUUCCUCAGAGAGGUCAUGAAGACUGAAGUCAUGAAGGAACUCUACGGCUUCCUCCAUCAGCAGAACCGCUACAGUUCGGAACAAGAGUUCACAGAGGACUUGAAGAACAUGUGGUUUGGGCUCUACUCAAGAGGCAGUGAAGAAGGGGAUUCCAGUGGCUUUGAGCACGUCUUCUCAGGUGAAGUAAAAAAGGGCAAAGUCACUGGCUUCCAUAACUGGAUCCGCUUCUACCUGCAGGAGAAGGAGGGUCUGGUUGACUAUUACAGUCACAACUAUGAUGGGCCUUGGGAUUCAUACCCUGAUGUCUUAACCAUGCAGUUCAAUUGGGACGGCUACUAUAAGGAAAUGGGCUCGGCUUUCAUUGGCAGUAGCCCUGAGUUCGAGUUUGCCCUCUACUCCCUGUGCUUCAUUGCCAGGCCAGGCAAAAAGUGCCACUUAAGCCUGAGUGGCUAUCCUUUGGCCAUCCAGACCUUCACCUGGGACAAGACCACCUACGGAAAUGGCAAGAAGUAUAUUGCCACAGCCUACGUGGUGUCUUCCACCCAACAGAGCUCGUAGCCAGAGGGGCAUGAGGGCAGAGGGCCAAGCAGGGUCCAGGUGCUGGCUCCGCUGCACUGGAGAGGGCAGGGAGGAGCCUGGGACGGAACUCCGAAGCCCAGAUUUUAUGAAAGACAUUCCCAAAUCCAGAAUGCC